AUGUCUUUACAGAAUGCUUCAAUGAAAGUAACACAUUUUAUUAUAAAUGGUUUUGACACAGUCAAAAGCCCAGUGGCUGUCGGUGUGGUUAUACUGAUAAUCUAUCUUGUUUCUAUUGUAACCAAUCUACUAAACAUCCUUUUCGUUAUUUCUGACAAGAGAUUACAUAAACCAAUGUAUAUUCUGAUUUGCAACCUUGCUAUUGUUGAUAUAAUGUACAUUUCCAGUGCCAGUCCAACAAUGGUUGGAGUACUAGUUGCAGGUGUUAAUACAAUAUCAUAUUUGGAAUGCUUAAUUCAAAUGUUUGUUUUCCAUCUAGGAGGUAUGAUGGAGAGGUUUGCUUUAGCUAUAAUGGCAUUUGAUAGAUUAGUUGCUAUAAUUUAUCCUUUUCAGUACCACAGUUAUUUAAAAAAUACACGCAUUCUUCUUUAUACAUAUAUCUCGUGGGUUGUUGCCUGUGGUUUUGUGGUUGUUCUGCCUGCAACAGUUGCACCUCUCCCUCAUUGCUAUUCAAGCCUCAGGUAUUCUUUCUGUGACUAUGCUGCUGUAGUACGAACCACUUGUGUUGACCCCACAUACUUUUUCAAUAUAGGUGCAAUUAUUUAUUCUUUCCUUUUAUUUCUGACUUUUAUUUUCAUUUGCCUCUCAUAUUGUGUGAUAUUAAUUUUUGCCAAAUUAUCAUCAAGUAAUGACAAAAAGAAAAUAGGGAGCACUCUUGUGAGUCACUUGAUUUGUGUAAUAUGUCAUUACUGUCCUGCAUUUGUAAUCAUUGUCUUGACCAGAUUAGGCGUAGUAUUAACUCUCGACGAGCGUCAGGGUUUACUGAUUGCGAAUAUCCUUGGGCCAUCUGUUGUAAAUCCUUUUGUGUACUGCCUUAGGACAAAAGAAAUAAAACAUAAAAUCUUUAUGUUAUUCAAAAAAUUACAAGUACUUCGAUAG